AAUUUAAAACAACAUCAACAAAAAUGCUUUUAGCAAAAAUCUAAAAAAGAAAUCAUAUCAUUUUAUAAAAAAAUAUAUAUACAAGAAACAUUAAAAGUUUUCAAAUAAUAAAAAAAAACCAAGUUAAAAUAUAAUCAAACUAAAAAACAAACACAAAUAACUCAAAACUCAACAAAUAAAAUGUGGAAUUUCCAAAGAAUCAUUUGUAUAUGGAUUUGCUGUGUGUCGUGUAUGUUUGGAACAACACAAUUGUCAUCACUGGUGCAAGCAGUUCCGUACGAGUAUUUUGAUGAUCAUGAACAAAGUUUCUAUGAUUUGGACUCUGAACAAAUUCAAGCUAAAUACGAUACACGUUUGUUAUCGCAACAGAUGUUGCAAACAGAGCAGCAGCAGCAACAACAUUUAGAAAAUCUAAAGGGUUUUCUCAACUAUGGCAGUGGGGAUGUAACUGCGCAGGGUUUAAAUAUCGCUGGCAAUGGCAAUACAAAUAAUAAUUUAGAAACUAGAAAACAAAAUGCUGCUGGUCCUUCAUACCUUUCGAAAACAACAACGAAAUUGAAAAGUAAUGAUGGCCAAACAUUAAAGAAUGUUGGUGCUAAUAAUGCUGACGAUGAUGAUGAUGAUGACGAACGUAACGAUUGGCUGGAGGAAACGGCUACAAAAGCUGCUGCAUCAACAUCAGCAAUUACCGAAACAUUAGAUGAAUUACAUUUGCCACGUGCUGCAUCAUGUUUUACAAAUGCAAAAUAUACACAUGGUCAAAAGGUACCACGUCUAGAUAACUGUGAGGUUUGUUUGUGCAUGGAUGGUGAAAUAUUUUGUUGGUGGGAAAAAUGUGAAUCCGCAAAAGCUUCAACAACAUAUGAUGACUAUUCAACACCAUUUGAAGAAUCAUCCACAACACGCAUGCAAUUAAAUCCGAAAACCACAUAUAAAACGACUUUAAAACCAAUGAAAAAACCAAAAACAAAUGAAGACUACAAGUAUGAUGAUGACGAUUCGGCUGAAAUACGUGAAAUGCAACAGGAAUAUGAAGGCCUCAAGGAGCAAUUGAUGCGGACGGAGCACGUACAAGAGCAACAUAAAAUCCAUCACAAUAAACAAAUGGAAAAGAAAAUCUAUCAGCAACAAGAGGAGGAAAAACAUAAUAAGAAAAUUAAGGAACAGAAUAAAAAAAAGCAGGAAGAACAACAGCAACAACAACAGCAGCAGCAUCACAAACAACAGCAACAACAUAAAACGAGCGAACAUUUCGAACAACAUCAUCAUCCUCAUAAUCACAACAACAAUCACGAUUACAGUUCAAGUGGGUCGUCCAGCAGUAAAAUACUUAAUUUUCCAGAAAAUCUACCUUCGGUUUUAUACUACGAUUAUAAAACGGAAGAACAUCAUCAACAUCAGCACCAACAUCGUGAACAACAUUUAAAACAUCAAAAGCAAAAACAACAACAGAAACUACUUUUACAACAACAUGAAAAAGAGCUUAAGCAUCGACAGCAGCAACAACAACAACAGCAGCAACAUCAUGUUAAUCGUCAUCAUGAAUAUGGUCAAGAUUUCAACACGUACAGCAGUACAGCACAUAAAACACCGGCAACAGGAACAGGCGAAGCAGGUGUUGUAGGAAGCAGAGCAGGGGAUGAAACAAAACAUCAUGACGGCAUCGGCGGCCCAUCAACAACAUUUAAGUAUUUUAGCAACGGAAAUGAAAACAUUUACAAUGGAGAUUUACAAACAGACAGUGACAUUUUACCAGAGCCACCAACAAAAAAGCCAAAAUUUCCAACAUCAAUUACAGACACAACGGCAACAGCAAAAACAACAGGAAUUCCAAUAUCACAACUUCAUCGUUUAUCCACUUCAAUGAUGGCAACAACAGCUGUAGCAAUAACAAAAUCAUCAUCAUCAUCAACAGCAACAAUAACAUCAAAAACAUGCCAGCAAAUACACCUCCAACGGCAUCAAUACAAACAAAUUUUUUCACCUUGGGACUAUAAUAAACCAAACACAGAUAAAAUAAACAACAAUGGCAGCAACAACAACAACAAUAAUAAUGACAACAAUAAUAAUAAUGAAAGUACUGAAGACAUAAUAGAUACAGAUGAUCAAGAUGAUGCCUUCCAUCGUUGGUUGACAUCCACAGAGACAAAUAAUAAAAAUAAUUUCACUCUAAAUGAUGCAAUCAGCGGAAGAGAUGAUGCUGGUGGUUUUGCUUCAGCUGCUGGUGGUGGUGGUAGUGGUUUAUUGGAUGCCAGCAAUAGUGAUUAUAAUGCGGAAGAUAGAAAUUAUGAAAAUUUUGACUUGGAAACAGAAACAGGACUUUCAACAGCAAUCACUAAAACAAAGGCAACAUCAAGACCCUUAACAACAAUAGGAGCGGCAGCAGUAACAACGACAACAACAAUUAAUGCAUUUGACAUGACCGGAGGAGAAGUUGGAAGAGAACGACCAGUAGCAAUUUAUGAUGAUAAUGGCGAUAUGUAUGAAAAUAGUCAAAAACCAAAAUAUGAACAAAAUUUUAGUGAUAAUAAUAGUUACAACAGCAACAGUAAUGGAAUUAUUAAUAGCAAUGGCUACAGCAACAACAACAAUAUUUCACCAUUCAGCAGUAAUCCAUAUCAAAACUAUAAUAGAAAUAAUAAUAACAUGGACAGGCCAACCAGUAGCAGCAGCGGCAACAGCAUGGGAAUCAGUUCGACAACUAGCAAUGAAGAUAAUGGUGUUGCUAGUGUUGUAAAUAUUGAUAUAAUGUUAACAGCAUCAUCUGCUGAUUCACAGCAGCAACAACAAGAACAACCACAGGAAACGAAUAUUGAAACCACCAACCAACACAGGCAGCUGCAGCAGGAUUUUAAACAUGAAAAACAAAUUGCUAAAACACAACUAAAAUUCAUGCAACCACCAACUUUAAUUUCCAAUACAAAUGAUGUUGAUAAUAACAAUCCUUUAUACUCAAUAAUAAAUGACAAUACCAAAAACUAUAACAAGAGUAGCAGCAGCAGCGGCAAUAGCAACCAAACUAUUACCAACAUUGUUGUUGGUGAUGGUCUAAAUUUAAAAGAGCGACAAACAGCUCAACAAAAAAAUGUGGGUGUCAACUUGUCAAGUGGCGAUAGUAGCAGCAACAGCAGCAAUAGCGCCGCUACCACCCAUAGUUUAUCAAGUAGUAGCGAUAGCUUUAGCUUUAACCAUAUAUCGGCGGUGGUGUCACAAACAAAUGCAACAUCAGCGACAACAGUGGGAGCAUCAGCUGCAACACCGCCUCCACUCAGCACAACAUUGAGUCCGGAACGACAAUGCAAUGUUAUGGGUACACUUUACAAAAUAGGCGAUAUUUUACCACAGGAUACUGGUAAUUGUUUGCAAUGUAUUUGCAUUGAUGGCUCAACAUCGGAUGACACACCGCGCGUAACCUGUAGUCCUCAUAAUUGUCCGCCAUUAGUAUUGCCAGAUUUGUUUGAUGCUACGGGUUACUAAACUGCACAAAUACCACAUCAAUAAACGCUGAAAACCAAAAAAAAGAAAAAAAACAAUAAACAAAACUCAUACAUAUGCAUGUCUACAAAACAACAACCACAAGAUAUUUUCACUCAAUAUUUCGUGACUUUAGUCCAGAAUGUCGUUCAUUGACCAACUUCAAACACAUACACAUCAACAUCAGCUGCAUCAGUUUUUGUACAGUUUUAAAUGUUGUCCCAGCCAAUAAUCGUUAACAAACUCUAUUUGCAAUAUAUUUCGAUUGCAACAAAAAAAAGAAAUACAGCAAUAACAACACAAAAUUCGAAUCCACAACAAUAGCAACCAAUUGUACUAGGGGCGGACCCCCCUGAACAAUCCAUAUACAACAAUCGCAUUCGAAGGCAUUAUCCUUGUCAAACUGUUAUUGUGGAGUGUAUGCUUUAAUAAAAAAAAACAUCUUAUUAAUGAUAAUAAUUAAUAAUAGAUGUCAAACUUGUCCACUUGAGAGUUUCUUGAACAAGAAGCAAAAAAAAUGUAUUAUCAAAUUACAGCUCAAAAAACAAACGAGAAGAAACCCCUUGUUAAACAUAUAUUUACAGACACAAAAAAACCUCCUACUAUUUCCUCGUCCAUAUUAUAAUACAUUUUUACAAAAAAAAAAAAAUUAAAUAAAAUAUAAAUAAUAAUAAAAAAAUAUAAAUAAAAAAUUGCCAGUUUCUUAAUGUCGAAAGGAAUUUUAAAACAAUCAAUAAAAAAUAUUUCACAAUGAUUUCCUUAUAAAUUCGUUAAACUUCACUUUCUUUCGACAGACGGCAACGGCAAGGCUA